ACAUUUGACAUAUGUUCUUGUCAUCACUAGUUUUCAUAACGCGAGAAUAUGUGGUCGAAUAGAUAAAGUCGUACAAAAACAAUAUUUUACUGUGCGAAAAUUUGUUGCUUGCUUCUCAAUGAUGUUUAUUAAAUGGGUUCGCCGAAAAAACAUGGUCACAGUGUAAAGCAGAGGAAAAAAAUUAUCAACAAAAACAUUCGGAUUAGGGUUAAAAUCGUGGUGGAGUUGUAAUAGUUGUUUAGGAUAAUUAGUGUCGAUUGAGUGAUUCACAAAUUUGAAUUUUCCAAAAUGGUUGCACGAAAUAAACCGAUAAUUCCCAUUAAGUUCCCGUUUGUGCACGUCAUUCUGUCACAUUUCAUUGUGAUGUUUUGUACGAUAAGUUUCUUUGAAGACGAGCAUUCCAUUCGGACCGGAAAAUUGCAUUCGCCAAUCACAUUGAUUUUGGUUGCGGGCGAAAUAAUACGCUGGGGCAUUAGUAAAUAUGCCUUUGGCCUGGAUGUUGGCAGCAAGGAAUAUUCAAUAUCCGGUUCUCGGCCGACGUCAACGAAGAAUACAUCUGUGGUGGCGCACAUCAAAAAGACUUGCAAACUGUGUGCAUUGUUGACGAUAUUUGUCUUUGUUUUCAUUGUGGUAUGCAUUCUAAUGGGUGCACCGUACCAUCAACACUACGAGGAAACGAUUGCAUUGGCCGUGCUGUUGAUGUCACUUACAAUUUUGCCGAUUGGUCUGUUUUUGGGACCAUCGAAAACUGUUCAGUAUUUAUUCUACGAUACGUUCGAAUUGAGUUCAACGUUUGAUGUUUGGCAACUCGAACUGUUGCAGUACAACGCAUUCGGUACAUUGGUCGGAGCAUGGGCUGGCUCUGUGGUGGCCCCACUUGAUUGGGAUCGACCAUGGCAGGCGUAUCCAAUACCAAAUGUGGUGGGUGCCGUUCUUGGAUUCUCAUUUGCCAACAUUCACACUUUUCUAUCGUCAAUCGUACAAAUUAGCGACCGAAUGAUCGAUUUGUCGCUGAUUUCAAAUGAUAAGAAAACCACUUGAGACCAAAACCAUUCGAAUUCACAUACAAACAUUUAGAAGCAUAAACAUUUUUCAGUUGUUAUUUAUUCAACUUUUCGAUUAUUUUUUCAUUGGUUUAAGUAGAAAUUCAUCGUUGGUUUGUUGAAUGUGUACGCAUAUUUUGUCUCUGUUUCACGCGAUAUUAGAAAUAAAUUGAACAAAAUCAUUCAAAACGAAAA